CUGAAAGGCGAUGCAAUUGCAAUUGAUGCACCAUAAAACAUCAGUUGGCCAGGCCAUCUUCCAGACAACAGCGCGCUAAAUGACAUGAAAGCAACAUUACAGCACGGUGCACGUCACUAAGGGGGACAGCACAUAGCCUGCAGCCAAGUGGACAGCAAUGGCACCGAUAAGACCAAACACGAAACGCAUCGAAUUUGCGGAAGUGAGCGGGCGGGUGGGGCCUCGACAGUAAUGUGACCACAGACGCCGUUAGGAUUGCGUGAAACGAAGCGUUAUGUAUGACCCUACAAAGACCCGUUGAGAUUUUUAAGGCCGGACGCGAAAUGAGACGAGGACGUGCGCAAUGUUGAAGGAGCGACUGAAAUAGAGUUUAUAUGCACUAAUUGUCUGGCGCUGUGUGAGGGGGCUAACUAACACCAAGAGGAUUACCAUCAUCACCAUCAUCACACAACCGAGAUCUCAUGACUGGAGCAAUGUGAAACGCCGAUAUCGCUCAUUCCUUCAGUAUAUUGAGGAAUAAUAAUGAACAACGCGCAAGAUAUGUCUCCCGAUUUUGUCUUGAUGCGCCUGGUCUCCGCGGCCGAGGAUGACCGCUUGGACGAGGAGAAUGGGAAUCUGUCGUCGGGCACUGGACUGACAGUGGCUAUCAAGGGGAACUUUGAAUGCACGCAGAAUCACGGCAUUAUCUCGGCCGUGAACAAAGCUCCGCAGGCCAGCGGAACGGAGGCACCUGACGCGGGAGUGAUGGCGACCAGACCUGCGCUGUCUGUGCCGCCGCCUCCUCUCCAUUCAGCCGAGGCCCACGGGUACGAUCUCACCCACCGAGGUGGAAUGGGGCCUCAGCUGUUGGUAUUCAGAAACAUAUCGAGAGACUCUGAAGGAUUUUCCGAGAACAAGUCGGAGGAUCAGCGCAGGGCUUUUGAGGACCAAGCGCUACUCGCUUCCGAGUCCGGCGCUGUGGACGCUCAGCAUCCGCCUACAUGGACGCUGCAUCCACAGCUCAAACUGCCAGCGGUUGCUACGGAUACGGAUGGAGGCGAGCUCUGCCACCGGCAUCGCUUGAUCACAGACCAACAGGACUGGCCGCCGGUUGUGGAGCACAAAACGAGCUCGAUGACAGUGCAGCGGCAGCUCCAGCUCCCCGAAGGUCCAGUUCUGGAGCUCGCGAGGAAAUUCGGCGAGCUGGGAGUUGCUCCCGUACCCGAAUUUCUGCUCAAGGAUGGCGAGCUGCAGCACUGCUCCUGUCAAAGCGUGCUGGGCUCGGCGGGGAUGCGGCAGGGAGAGGACCCGACCGAGACCAGCGAUGCUUUGCUGGUGCUGGAGGGCCUCGGGUCAGAGGAGGUGAACGGCCUGGGCAUCAACGCCUGUCAGAAGCCCGAGUCCCAGACCACGGAGCCCGGCGCGUUUGCGCUAAAGUGUUUCCCCUCGGUUCUGUCCGGGCAAGCUAUGGGGGUGUCCGGGGGACUUUGCUCGCCGACGUGUUGCUUGUUGCGAGACUCUGUAAACAACAGGCCUCAGGCUCCCGCCGCUGACAAACUGACUCCCGAGGUGAUUUCCCAAGCCGAACCCAGCCAGGAGACGCCAUGCUCCAGCCAGGCGUCCACGCCGAAGGCCCGGAGUUCGAGCCGGGCGCAUCUUUCCGCAGCGAGCGGGGGAGAGAAGACUCUAAAAGUACCAGGGAAAUCCAGGAAGGGCUCGCUUAAAAUCCGACUCAGUAAACUUUUCAGAACUAAAAGCUGUAGUGGCUCUAACAACCUUUUGGACAAGAGACCUUCAGUCACGUUCUCCAUAUCCUCUGCGGGAAGUUUAGUUGACAUGUCUGGAGCUAUCGGUGGAGAACAAGACACGAGCAGCCAACCUGGACUAACAAGGGCACAAAGUGCUUUCUCUGCAGCCUCUUUUACUCCAGUUUUCACAGGAGAGACGGUGUCGUUAGUUGAUGUGGACAUCUCACAGCGAGGAAGAAACUCUCCUCAUCCUCCCACUCCUCCACCUCCCCCUCGACGGAGUCUCAGUCUGCUGGAUGCUUUCUUCCGGGCACUUCCUCAUUCAGCUGCAUCACCAAUGGAGAAUCCAGCCCCUGCCAGACUAGCUCCGCCGCAAGUCAUGUGCCCGCUAAGAGGGGCCGAUUCCAGUAGCUUCACUGCCAGCCUGAGAGAGCUGGAGCGGUGUGGCUGGUAUUGGGGGCCGAUGAACUGGGAGGAUGCUGAAAUGAAGCUGAGAGGGAAGCCUGAUGGCUCGUUUUUGGUGCGGGACAGUUCAGACCCACGAUACAUCCUCAGCCUCAGCUUUCGCUCACAGGGAGUCACACACCACACGCGUAUGGAGCACUACAGAGGAACCUUCAGUUUAUGGUGCCACCCUAAGUUUGAGGAUCGCUGUCAUUCUGUGGUGGAGUUCAUCGAGCGAGCCAUUAUGCACUCAAAAAAUGGGAAAUUCCUCUACUUCCUACGUUCACGUGUACCUGGGUUGCCCCCCACCCCUGUACAGCUGCUUUAUCCAGUCUCACGCUUCAGCAAUGUAAAAUCCCUCCAGCAUCUGUGCCGUUUCUGCAUCCGACAGCUCGUCCGCAUAGAUCACAUCCAGGAGCUGCCUCUGCCCAAACCGCUCAUUGUCUACUUGAGGAAGUUCUAUUACUAUGAUCCAGAGGAAGAGAUGUACCUGUCAAUCAAAGGCAUGCGCCAGGCAGCAGGAGUGGAACAGGAAGCAGAGUCUGAAACAUAGCCAGCCGGAUCGGUCCGUUUCACUAAUUUCUAUGUGUGGAUAUUGGAUGGAACAGCGCAUGGACACUUCCUGGUGCACAGCUCCCUGCCAGUCUUCCAGCAGACGCCAAUGAACAUCAGCCGACUGGCAUCUCCUCUUUGACCAAUAUCGGACAGAGGGAGAUCAGAGGAGUGCUGGAAUACUGUCUAUGUUGAGCAGGCAAAUCAAAUUCAGAGACUUUGACUUGAUCGACAAAGGACUCGAAAGACUGCUAAAAGUGGACUUCAAAUAUUAAAUUAAAUAAGAUACGGACUGAGGACAUUUGACUUGGGGUACUAGCAAACGCCUUCAUCUGUAGGUUAUAUUACGCUGGAGUUUUUAAAAACUGGCCAGUUUGUGAAUCCGUCUCUGUUUGGUUCUUCUUUCUUUCCCCAUCAGGCCCCCUUGCCCUGGGUGGAGUGUGUGACCCCUUUAUUUGUUCUUUCCCUGAUUGUAACUUCAGUCUGAUCAGGCCACAUGAACUGUAUUUUGAGUAAAAGACAAAGUAAACUUGAAAAUAAGUGCUGGUAUAUUUGAU